AUGGGUUCGUUCUCUGUGGCUUCUUUUGUUAAUUUUACGGCGGCUUCUCCUCCUCCUCAUCCUAUGGUUGUGCCACAACCUAUAAAUGAUCUGGCCAGCAAGAUCAACAAUGAAGGGGCUGUAUUUCAAGUAGCUUGGGUCUUGUUCUAA